AUGAUGCUCCGUAUCCUGAUCCUGGCUGUGUGCUUGAGCACGGCGUUGGCUCUUCUCGGAAUCGGAUCCCAGCAAUCGGUGGCUGUUAAAGGACGUCUUCAAUGCAACGGACAACCCUACCGAGGAGCUCUCAUCAAGCUCUACGACAAGGACACCCUCGGAAAAGAUGACCGCCUCGGCAGCGUCAAAUCCGAUGGCCAAGGAUAUUUCCAGGUCUCCGGACACGCGCGCGAGAUCACAAAAAUCGACCCGAAAUACAACAUCUACCACGACUGCAACGAUGGCAUGAAGCCUUGCCAACGCAAAUUCCACAUCAGCAUCCCCAGCAGCUACAUCAAUAAGGGAAAGAACCCCAGCAAGGUGUUCGACGCGGGAGUGAUCGAGCUGGCUGGAAAGUACCCGGGAGAGUCUCGCGAUUGCAUCCAC